AUGGGACUGCUGUGGAACAUUGCCUACUAUUCCUUUCAUCCUUCAGAGCUCAGAUCCAUCAUUCAAUGGAAAGUAUGGCACAACCCUCCACACGAACGUGAUGAUUCUAAGGAUCCUGAAACACGGAAGAAAUGCUUUAAAUUCUUGAAAUUGACAAGCAGAAGCUUCGCGGCAGUCAUCAUGGAGCUUCAUCCUGAGCUGCUCGUUGCCGUCACCGUAUUCUAUCUCGUCCUCCGAGGACUAGAUACCAUUGAAGACGAUACAUCUGUGCCUCUUGAUGUGAAGGAGCCGCUAUUGCGAGACUUCAAGAACAUCAUCGAGAAGGAUGGUUGGACCUGGAAUGGCAACCGCCCCGAAGAAAAAGACCGACAACUCCUGGUCGAAUUCGAUAAUGUGAUUACCGAGUAUAAGGCAUUGAAACCUGCAUAUCGCAAGAUUAUCAAGGACAUGACUGAUAAGAUGGGCAAUGGUAUGGCCGACUUUGUCCAAAAGGCCGAAACUGAGGGAAUUAGCACACAGACUAUUGGAGAAUAUGAUCUGUAUUGUUACUAUGUGGCCGGUCUCGUUGGAGAUGGUCUAACUCAGUUGUUCGUGGAAGCACAGUUUGGCAAUCCCGCAUUGCUGUCACGACCCAACUUGCACAAGUCAAUGGGAUUGUUUUUACAGAAAACUAACAUUAUUCGUGAUAUCCGAGAGGAUCAUGAUGACAACCGACAUUUCUGGCCCAAAGAAAUCUGGUCCAAACACGUCGAGAAAUUUGAAGAUCUUUUCGACCCGAAGUAUAAAGAGGCCGCUCUCAACUGCAGCUCAGAAAUGGUAUUGAAUGCCCUUGAGCAUGUCGAUGAAUGUCUUUUCUAUCUUGCCGGUCUUCGGGAGCAGAGUGUUUUCAACUUCUGCGCUAUUCCACAAGCAAUGGCUAUCGCCACCUUGGAGCUAUGCUUCCGCAAUUAUUCGAUGUUUGAGCGCAAUAUCAAGAUCACGAAAGGCGAUGCGUGCCGGUUGAUGCUUGAGUCGACGCAGAACUUGCAAGUAUUGUGCGAGACAUUCCGUACAUAUGCCCGCAAGAUUCACCAGAAAAAUACACCCAAGGAUCCUAACUUUGUCAAGAUUAGCAUCGCUUGUGGUAGCAUCGAGAAAUUUAUUGAGACCCUCUUCCCAUCGCAAACUGCCGAUCAGGCCAAACUUAAGUUGUCUGGUCAAGGUACAGAAGAAGAGGCGAAUAAGAAGAAACGAGAGAAGGAAGCCUGGCAAGACAUUAAGAUGAUGAUGAUAAUCAUGGGUAUCCUUGUUACUUUCAUCACUGUCGUAUUGUUUGGAGUGGCCUGGUACCUAGGAGCACGAUUCGAUCUGGCUUGGGCAGAACUCAAAAAGGGCAACCUCCGGCCGCCUAAUAAGAUCGCGUAUGGAGAAUUAUAA